AUUCUCCGAAUAGCCGACGAUGGCUCAGAGCGCAGGCACGCACGCACGCAGCCUUUCACUCUCGUGCCUCGAUCUCUCUCCUUCGACGAGCUGUUCGAAUUUGAGCCUUCUCGACUUGCAGAGCGAUCUGAAAUGAAGAUCACAAUCGUCGAUUCAAUGUCGGAAUAUUUUCCGAAAGUGAGAGAGGGAGCGAGAAUGUGCCUCCAGUAGAGAGCCGGGGACGAUCUGAUCUGGGUUCCGAAGGUGUGGAUGUCCGAUCCGAUGUGUACCGUAUUGUCCACGAUGAGACCUUUGAUGUGCUGCAGGCAAUGUCCGCAGCAGACUCGUGAGCGUCAGAAAGUACGAUCCUGAGGCAUCAUCACGGGGCCGUGAGCGAAUUCGAGCGAGCGCUCACGAUGAUGAUCACGCGGUGGGUCUCCGUCCGAUCACGGCUCGGUGAGAAUCGAGGAAUGGCUUAAGGGCGGGAUGCAAGUGGGGGGUCGAUGUGUCGGGCACAAUCCUCGUGCGAUCGACGUGGGGGGCAAUGUCAAUGUCCGGGAAUCUGUAUAAAUGAUCUAGCCUCGACUGCUAGGGGCCGCGCCAUUCGGUCGAUUGCUGCUAGGAGCGAGCGAGGGGGAUGUCUGUGGCCGAUCGGUCGGAGUUGAAGAUUUUCAAUGAGUCUCAACUCCAAACCGCUCAUCAUCGAUGGGAUCGUUGGGAAUGGUCGAAUGCUGGCGGCGCUGGGAUCCAGCGGCGAGCUCCAUCGACUCUGGUGGCCGCAGAUCGCGUGCCCGCAGCACGUCAACGAAUUCGUGUUCGGGAUCUUCGUCGAGAACUGGUCCGAUGACGUCGCCUGGCUGAACGGCGACUCGUGGACGCACCGGCAGUACUACCUCGAGGACACGAACUGCCUCGUGACCUCGAGCACCUGCGAGAAUUUGCCCGUGGCCGUCGAGGUGACGGACUUCUGCCUGCCCGACAGCGACACUCUCGUGCGGAUCGUCGACGUGACCUCCAGCCACGAGGCCAUGGUCGACGUGAAGCUGUUCGCGGCUGCGAGCUUCGCCAUCUGCGAGAGCGCGCGUUACAACGCCGUGCAGUUCGACAAGGAGCACGACGCCAUGGUCUUCUACCGCCACCGGCACGCCUUCGCCAUCGGCAGCGAGCGCGAGUGCUCGUGGUACGAGGCCGGCAAGCGGCGCGACGCGCUCACCACCCGGCCUGCGCCGCGCGCCCGGGGGCCCGCGCCGCUAGCCGACGGGCACGAGACCCCGAGCUCGCACUCCGUGCACCUGAACGGGACCGCCGUGGCCAUGGGCAUGCACGGCGCGCUGAGCUGGAACUUCGUCCUCUCGUCGGAGGAGUCCCUGAGCGUGCCGAUCUUCGUCAGCGCCGGCGAUAGCCCGGAAACCGCGAUCGCCACGCACAAGGCCUCGAAGUCGCGCGGCGCAGCGCGCCUGCUCGACGCCACCAUCCUCUACUGGCAUCGCUUCGUGCAGUCGGGCCGGCGGCUGCACACGACGGACGAGAGCGUCAGGCGCCUGUUCAAGCGCUCGGCGCUGGCCAUCAAGCUGAUGUGCGACAAGACGGGCGCCGUGGUCGCGGCGCCGGAGUUCGACGAGGAUUACACUCGGUGCGGCGGGUACUCGUUCUGCUGGGGUCGCGACGCGGCCUACAUCGCCACGGCCCUCGACCAGGCCGGCUUCCACGACCUGGUGACGCACUUCUACGACUGGACGCUGAAGGCGCAGAGCCCCGACGGGUCGUGGGCGCAGCGCCACUUCAUGGACGCGCGCCUGGCGCCCCAGUGGGGGCUGCAGGUGGACGAGACCGGCUCCAUCGUCUGGGGCAUGUGGCAGCACCACGAGGCUCUCGUCGCGGCGCAGAGGCCCGACAAGGCUCGCGAGUUCGCGACCAAAGUGUGGCCCGCCGUCAAGCGAGCGGCGGACUUCCUGACGAUAUCCGUCGACCCCGACACCAAGCUCCCGCUGGCGUCCAGGGAUCUGUGGGAGGAGCGACUCGGCGAGCACGUGUACUCGGCCGGCGCGGUGUGCGCGGGGCUGAAGUGCGCUUGCGACUUGGCGCAGCAGCUGAACCGCGUCGCGGAGGCCGAGCCCUGGGGCGCGGCGGCGGACGACAUGCUGGACGCCAUCUGCAAAGUCGGGUGGUCGGAGGAGCGCGGGCACUUUCUGCGCGUGCUCAAGCUGCAGAUCAGCGAGCAGACCUUCCGCGACCACGAGCUGAACGGCGUGCGCGUCUUCUCGCAGACGGAGGACAAAGGCUACGUCCGUCGGUACGCCAACAUCGACAGCACCGUCGACGCGUCGCUGCUCGGCUUGAGCGUGCCGUUCAACGUCGUCCGCGCCAACGACCAGAAGAUGCAGCUGACCGCCACCGAGAUCCGGAAGAGGCUGACCGUUCCCGGCGUCGGCGGCCUCAAGCGGUACGAAGACGACCACUACAUCGGAGGCAACCCUUGGAUCGUGACCACGCUCUGGAUGGGCCUUUACGAUCUCCGGCUGGGCGACGUCGAGGCCUCCAAGCGGGCCCUGCAGUGGGCCAUCGACCACCAGACGGAUCUGGGACUGCUCCCCGAGCAGGUCGACCGGGUGACCGGCAGGACGGCGUGGGUCGUUCCCCUGACAUGGUCGCACGCCAUGUAUAUUCUGACAGUCGUCGCCUUGGACGAGCAGAAACAGAUUUGACGAGAGACACACCGAAGCUUAAGAAUAGAUUAGUCGCCGAGAUUCAGCUCAAGGAUAGAGUAGGGUUUUCCCCACGACGCUCACGAGUUUUGGUCGCACCUUCACCACGGACAUGAAGAGAUCCAGGGGCUGGUGGAGGUUGGAAUUUUUCGUCCUCGGAUUUUAUGCAAUCGAGCAGCUCGGGCCCUUCGGAGUUGCCUGCACAAGACGCCAGCGUUUUUGUCCUCUCGUUUAGAACAAAAGCCUCGAAUUGUAAACACCCUCGACUGCAACAGCUUGGAAAAUUGCUCAGACCCGGGGACGCUCUUGGCUCGAUGUAAGCCACAUGGAGCUGGUUUGUUUGACUGACUGACAAACUGAUUGACUGACUCGUCGGAUGAUGAACCACUUGAAUUGAUUGUUAUCGGGAAUUCACGGCGGUUGUAAGAGUAGGUCCUUGCCUUUGUUCGAAGAAGGGAUCUGGGGGUGGAGCGAAUCUCCCUGCACAGAACACGAGCUAUUAUCAUGUGCAAUUAGCUCCAAGAACGUUUCGCAUGAAGCGGUGGCCCCUCGUCCUGCUGAGUUGUUCCAAACUGUACAUGUGCUCGUUCAAAUCUUGUCUCACGAAAUGUGGCAUCCGGUUAUAACAAUUCCAUGAUCAGUUUCGGACGUUGUUUCUGGUUUCUGGCUAUGCAUAUGCUUGGAACGAUGAAUAUACACGUAGGUCAUCAUGCCUGUGCAUUUGAUAGACCAGCAAAUUUG